UUCUCCAUGUCUCAGACGCCAUUUAUGGUCUCUGCAAGAGAGAGCGCAAGAUUCAGAAGGUGGAGAGAGAGAGAGAGAAUUGGAUUUUUUUUUCCUCUAUAAUUUGAAGAUCAGAGGGUGUGUGAAGAACCAACAGUAUGGUUUCUCCUUUUAGCGAUCUCCCAAACGAUUUGAUAAUCAAAAUCCUUUCAUUACUCCCCGUUGAAUCCAUCCUAAAGUUCAAAACAGUAUCAAAAUCAUGGAACCAACUUCUCUCCUCUCCCUUUUUUGCCACAAUUCAUUCUCUCUCCUCUUCCCCUCUUUCCCAACCUUUCCCUCUCUUCUUUUCCACCAUUAGAGAUGACAGUCGAAUCUACUACAUCAGAAAUACCAGUACUCUCUCUCUCCAAUGGUUAAAUUUCAGGGGAGCUGGCCACCUAAACUGCAUAGCUUGCGACAAUGGCAUAAUAUGUUUCCAUUGUAGCUUCUGCUCCACCGAAUUGCUCUUCGUUGGAAACCCCGUGACUUCCAAGUACAGGUGCCUUCCUGGGCUUGGUGGACUUGGUGAGGAGUUCUUAGUGGGGAAUAUUGGCAUUAGUUUCGACCCCAUUACUCAAAAUUUCAAGAUACUGGUUCGCGGGCGACCGAAGAGUGAGAAAGCGGGUGCAAUGCCCUUCGAAUGGCGACUUUUCAGCUCGGUGAAUGAGUCAUGGAAGACAAUUCAAGACCCUGGGUAUAAUCUUGAGAAUGUGAAUUCCAUGGUUUGCGUUGGCAAUACUUGCUAUGUUCUAUCGUGGACUAAGCUUAGUUUGUUGGCUUUUGAUCUAGAAAGAGAAACGGUAGAAGAGUUACCGAAUCCAGUUUUAAUUAGCCCCAAGAGUUCAGAUAGAGAAUUGUCGUAUAGGUUUUCGGUGCCCCAAAAGUGGGGAGAGAGGGUUGCAAUGGGAGAGAUAACAGGGGACCUGAAGUUGAAGAUGUGGGUUUUGUGUAGAGAGAGAGAGUGGGUCGAAGUGAUCGUUGGGAAUUUGCAGAACUUUGGUCUUGGAAUUGAUGACUCUCUCUCUCCUCUUCUCUUAGUUGGGGAGACUUUCUUCCUGCACAAUGCAAACAAGAAUAUGAUGUAUGCUUAUAAUAUUAAAAGUGGGAGGCUGAUCAUGCUUCAGGAUAAUGUUUCAGGCCAAGUCGACAACCUCGUGCUAUAUCAACCCACCCUCUUCUCUUGUUUCUUGUAAAAACCAGUUGCUCCAGAUCAAUAAUCUCUCUCUCUCACACAUUCACACUAGUUUUGAGACUUUCUUUCAAUUUGUUUGGGUACCAAAAUAUUUAUGAACCGAGAAAUCAGCAAAUGUGAUGAUGCAUGUAAUGACUGUCAUGUAUAUUUUGUUUAUUGGAUUUGGGGUAUUUUCUUUUUGGUGUUUGAG